CGAAACCGCGACAGCCUCCACCGAGAACCACACCCGUUGCGCCGAUACGAUGGCGUCCCCCCAGGACUUCAAGUCUGUUCAGGACAAGGUCCAGGCCGCGCUCGUGGCCACCGUCAAGUCGGUCAACCGUGUCUCCGCCGAGGACCUGCCCUUCCAGCGCGCCGUCAACCCCAGCGUCGGCGACGAUCUCGACGCCAAAACUACACGGAUUCUCGAGCUCUCGACCACACUGCUCAAGUCAGCUGCAGAGGUCUGCGGACUAACUGCGCCCGAUCUCGAAGAUGCCGAUGACGUGGAUAUGCGCUGGCGAAGCAUCGUGGACGUUGUCGACUCAGUCUUGGAGAAAGCCGACACAUCUAUUGACGAGUACACCGGAGCUUUGAAGAGGAAGGAUGCGCCUGCUGCUGAUGCCGCUCCCCAAUCGAAGAAGCCCAAGACGGCUGGAGGCGUUGUCCGCAGUGCCAACAUCACUAAACCCCAACUCCACUUCGAUCAGCAGGUCGACAACAACGCUCAAUGGAAGCCCCUCAUUACCAAAAAGCCCCAUGCUACGGUUCCUUUGGAGAAGAGCCUGGUAACUAGCGAAACAGAAGAGGGUUUUGUCCAAUAUAAGCAUCCGUACGAGACCGAAAUCCUCGAAGCGAAAUACCCCGACCGAGUCUACAAACAAGCCGAGCCGAUUCCAUGGCAGCCCGUCGAAGGCACGGAAGCCAUCUACGUCGACACAUACGAAGGGGUCCUGAAGAUGCUGAAGGACCUCAAGAAGGCCAAGGAAAUUGCCGUUGAUCUGGAACAUCACGACUUCAGAACAUACGUCGGACUCACCUCAUUGAUGCAGAUAAGCACAAGAGAACAGGACUGGAUUGUAGACACUCUGAAGCCAUGGAGACAGCAGCUCCAGAUACUCAACGAAGUCUUUGCCGACCCCAGCAUCAUCAAGGUCUUCCACGGCCCAUUUAUGGACAUGGUUUGGCUGCAGCGUGAUCUUGGUCUGUAUGUCAACGGUCUGUUCGAUACCGGAAGUGCAUGCGAAGCGCUACACUACCCCCAAAAAAGCUUGGCAUUCCUUCUCAAGAAGUUUGUCAACUUUGACGCCGACAAGAAGUACCAACUUGCCGACUGGAGAGUGCGCCCCCUUUCUGACGAGAUGCUGUACUAUGCCCGUUCUGAUACCCACUUCCUGCUGUACAUCUAUGACAAGAUGCGCAACGAGCUCGUGAUGAAAUCGGAUAGGGGCAACUCUAGCACCGACUACAUCGAAAUGACGCUCCAAAAGUCCAAAACUCUCUCAUUAAGUCGGUACGGUGGCGAGACGUUCGACCCCAAGUCUGGCAAGGGAAGCAAGGGCUGGUACAACACUCUUCUAAAGCACCCUAUGCCCUUUUCGGGCCAGCAAUUUGCCGUAUAUAGAGCCAUCUGGGAAUGGAGAGACGAGGUGGCACGGAAAGAGGACGAAAGUACAGCCUUUGUCAUGCCCAAUGGUAUCGUUGGCGAUAUCGCAAAACACAUGCCACCCGACGCCAAGGCUCUACAUGCACUGAUACCGAACCACGCUUUCAUCGCACGGAAAAACGUCACCGAGAUAUGGACGCGCUACCAGGAGGCACGAGAAAGGGGCAUCAACGAACCGCGUCUACUGGACUUCUUCAAGUCGGAGCUUCCAAGGGCCGCUGCUAAGCCUUUGGCAGUGGCUGCAAGCGAGGAUGCGGUCGAGGGAGCGCUGGAACCUGCCCUCUUGUCAGAGUCUCAGCUGUUUGGCCGCAUGGCUCUGAGCUCGGCCUGGGAACAGCCAGCCUCUGCAGCUAAUGGCCUUGGAGAGUACGUCAUGCUCCCGUGGCAGAAGUUUGUGCAGAAUGCAAAGACGGUUGAGGCCGCUCCCGAGGAGGAUGUUGCUAUGGAGGGAGGCGUCGAGGCGGAAGCCAAGGCUGCUGCGGCAGCUCAGCCCGCUGAGCCUGAGGUGGAGGAGGAAUUCACCCUCAAGGCUGGCACGAAACGGAAAGUCCCUACAGCAGACGCUUCUGAUGUUAGUGACAACGAGUCAGAAUCCGGCGAGAGCUCCAUCGACAUUGUACUGGAGCGGCCAGAGUCCGAAAGGAAGUCAAAGAAGCACGGCAAGACGGAUGCUGGCGAGCGCGAGGCAAAGGUGGCUGCGAAGAGGGCAGACAAGGUGGCGCGUUAUACGGAGGAUUACGACAAGGCCGCGGUCGAAGUACAACGCCUCGAGAAGGAAGUCGCCAAGAACAAGGCCGAGCCGGCUCAAUUGGAGGAGGCGAAGGAGACGGCCGCGGAGAAGCAGAGAAAACUGCAAGGAUAUCUGGCGGCGAUCAACAACCGCAAGUCCAAGACGGAGAAGAAGGCGGCGAAGAAGGCCGAGAAGGCCCAAAAGGAGGCGGAGAAGAAAGCAAAGAAGGAACAGAAGCGUGCUGCGAAGAAGGCCAAGAAGGAGGCCAAGAAGGCCGAGCAGCAGGAGGCUGACGGUGCGGACUCGAGCGACAGUGAGGAGGAAGAGGAUACGUUCGACUACAGCAAGGCCACAUCGGUGCUACAUGCGGCGAGGACGGGCAACCGUGGCAAGACACACGUUAAGCCGACGUUUGACCCUUAUGCGAAGACGGGCGAUGAGCCGCUCAAGGGCGCGAGAAAGGCGCCGCCUCCCAGAGGUGAGAGGAGCGCUACGUUUAGGAAGUAG